CAGCGCAGGGGCUGGGACCUACACCCACUUUCCAGUGCUCCCUCCCCUGCGGACUGAUGCCAAAGGCUGUCCCUCCAGCCGGCGGCAGAGAGAGCACGAUGUGGCAACCUCUCGGCCCCUCUCUCGCUGCUCUCCGCUGACCGCGUCCCGCAGGAGCCUGGUCCCUGGGACACACUCUCUCACACACACCCACACACACACCCCACACCAGCCGGGCCCCAGCGAGUGGGGAGCUCGCCACACCAUGGAGUUUAUUGCGGUGGCGGUGGUGAUCGUCCUCUUCAUCGGAGUUCUCAAGCAGUUUGGAAUUCUGGAGCCUAUGUCUGUGGAAGACGACAGUGACAUCGAGGAUGAGCUGUCGACGGUGCGCCAUCAACCAGAGGGUCUUGAAGAACUACAAGCACGAACCAAGUUCUCCAGGAAAGAACUCCAGUCUCUGUACAGGGGCUUCAAGAACGUGCGAGUGUCCCAGUGGCAUGGUUGAUGAACAAACUUUUAAAGCAAUUUAUUCCCAGUUCUUCCCACAGGGAGAUGUUACAACGUAUGCGCAUUUUCUGUUUAAUGCGUUCGACACAGACAAGAGCGGAGCGAUUCGAUUUGAGGACUUUGUCAUUGGUCUGUCGGUGUUACUGCGGGGAACUGUGAACGAGAAGCUGAUCUGGGCCUUUAACCUGUAUGACAUCAACAACGACGGCUACAUCACGAAGGAGGAGAUGUUGGUUAUUGUUCAGUCGAUCUACAGCAUGAUGGGCAGAUACACAUACCCCGUCAUACAUCAAGACACCCCCUAUGAGCACGUGGAAAAGUUCUUUCAGAAGAUGGACAGAAACCAAGAUGGAGUGGUAACGAUUGAAGAAUUCCUGGAGACCUGCCAGAAGGAUGAAAACAUUAUGCACUCAAUGCAACUCUUUGAAAACAUUAUUUAAAAGCAUUGAACCCUGUGUUGAACUGAGGCACCACACACACACAGGAUCCUUAUAUAUAGUUUCACAUCUUUGUAAUCCAGAUCACUGAGGAUGCUAGUUCCUCUACAAAACUUUUUUUUUAAAAAAAGACGUUCGAUUAACAGUAAGGAAUAAUUAUUUCUUUGCACCUCGAUUCUUUUCUCAACAAGUCUGACCGAGCAAAGUUCUGCUCCUCUAUGGUAAGAAGAUAUUUUUCCAAUGGAAAUAAUGCUAUUCCCUCUGAGAUCCUGAAUCUGAGAGAUUCAAAACUUUUCAAAGGAAUGAGAUGGAAUGAAGAGGAUUUGUGCUCGACGGGAAAUGUAUCUCACUGUCCUAUCGCUGCCUUAUGGGAAAAGUGGAGUGAGAGGCGGAACCGUCGUGUUAAACCAUAGCUCACCAGAGGCUCGUCCAAAUGGAAGCUACUGGAAAUUCUUAAGCAUUGAAAUAACUUCCAGCCCUACAUAAGGUUCAUUUCCAUCAGGUUUAAUGCCUGAUUAAUUAUCUGCUGUUUUGUGCCACUUUGAGAAGCUUCCAGCUGGAAAAGGAAAGAAUUUAAAGAUAACUUUCAGAUCAUAGUUUCCAGUUCUGUAAUUUUAUUUGCAUUUUACUUUGGUCUUGAUUAAAGGGGGUUAAACGGUCUCUGUUUACACUGCUAUGUUGUCACUGGUUGGACAUGUGCAGACAGCAUUGUUAAAAAGUUCCAUGUUUCUGAACUCUCAGAACUUGCCACACUGGCGAUCCAGACUCAGAGGCACAGGAGACUGCAGGAGCAAGACACCAGGUGCUGGAAGAACCCUGUGGGUCAGUGUACUCACCCGGGUCAGGAUGAAUGGUCGACUGUCCGUUUCCCUCUACAGAUGCUUCCUGACUUGCUGAGUCCCUCCAGCAGUUUGUGUGUUGACAAAAUACCAGACUAAACCUGGGGGAGAGAUUGAUUUUAGAUGAGAGUCCAGGUAACUCCACCGACCUCUGCUGUCCAAGAUGCACUUUUGGACACACACGCGCACACACACACACACUCACACGCACACAGACACACACACACACAGACACACACACACACGCUCAGUGAUAUACACAUGCACUCACACCCAUACAUGCAUGUCCAGUUGCUGAAAAAAGGGUUUGUUUCAGUAUCAAGAAUUUACAGAUCCAAAGUACAUUUAUUAUCAGAGUGCAGUAUUCAACCCUGAGACUCAACUUCAUCACAGACAGCCACGAAUUCAAAGAAAAACAUCAAACACUUAACGUGGGAAGAAAGGAACAAACCACACAAACGGCAAAAAAUAUGCAGAAAACGCAGAACCCAGAAAGUCAUUGAAACAAUUAUAAGUUAAGCAGGGGGUUAAAGGCUUUACCUGAUUGCGGUUUUAAGUUAUUAACAGAGAACUAUUAUGGUGGCAAGGGGGGAAUCGGGAAUCUAGGAUUGGUACAUCAUCUGAAGAUUAGACAGGAUUUAAGUUCAGAAAGGAGACACGAGAAACUACAGAUAAUGGAAUCUAGAACGACACACAAUCUGCUGGAGGAACUCAGUGGGUUCAGCCCCAUCUGGGCAAGAUGGUGAUGGAAUGUUGUAACUUGUUGCAAGCUGCCCUCUGCUAAUUCUAAUUCUAUUAUAAUCAUUCUGCUCUUUUAAAGCUGAAUUCUACUGUACGUCUCUACUCUUGAUUCUGCAUUCUGUUAUUUUGUACUACCUCAAUGUAUUUAUGCGUGGAUGGCAUGCAAAACAAAGUUUUUCACUCUACCUCGGUACACGUGACAAUAAUAAAAACCAACUGUCUGGGAA